UGAUGUUCAGUGGAAUAUUCCUAUAAAGUAGUUUCAAAAUUGCAACGCAAUUAACUUUCUUCAAGAGUAACUACACCCUCAAAUUCUGCUAGAACCCAACAUAUUUUAAAACACUGUAAGGAUUAAACAGCGCGUUUAUCUGCUCUAACGUUAGCAUGUCCAGCUAAGUAGCUUACUACCUACAGUCCUUACCGCGCUUUACAUCCAAGGCCGAGAGUUAGCAAACAUAACGUUUUUCCUGUUAAUGGAUCGUCAGCUGAUGAGGAUGCUGACUUUUUGCCUGGGACCUGUUAGCCUUUAGCGUCACCGACCUAUGAAUCGCUGCCCACAUCGAUCAGAGAGUCGAGAUAAAAGAAAUGGCAGUCAGACGAUCAAACAUUAGCCUCAGUCUUUUUUGCAUCAUUACACAGUGCCGAGUUAGCGUUUGAAUCAUUCACUACAAAUCACUGAACUGUGUCCUCUGACGGUCCAAACUCCAGAUGGGAGAAGCUCUCAGUUCAUCACUGUGUUAUUUUAUUUUAUUUCUUGCUCACAGCAUUUGUGAUUUUCAGGCCUUUUGCCCCGAAGUUUGCCUGCCAGGCGACGUGCAGCUUGCGACGAAGCCUGCAGACACUACUCGGGGCCAAAAAAAACAAAACAAGAUAAUUCUCCUAAAAAGACGCUUGAACUGAUCACCAGUCAAAGAUAAAGCAGUAAAAGGUGUCUGUUUCAUCUGUUUGUAGUAAAGAAAUUAAAUAUAUUACGAGUUUAAGGCUCAUUGUUGACAUUGGAAAUAUUAGUUUGAAACACUUUUAUAUAACAAGGAAAUUAUAGGUGAUUAUUAUGAUAACCAGUUUAAUCAUAAUUCAUUAUUUGCUAGAUUGGUUAAAUGUAUAUAAAUGAAAGACAAUAACAUUUAUAUCACUUGUAUUUAUGUGUCGCUGUUUUCUUCUGUUUAGAGAGUUUUUAAUCAGAGUAAAUCAAACUAAAACUAAAACAACGGGGAAUUAGUAAAACUUAUAGAUGGAAACAAACCCGAGGAGGAGUGGACUGUAGGUUUAAGUCACGCUGCCUUUUAACUAUCAAACAAUAAUUAAGUGAAACCUUGGAGUGCGUUUGGUAGAUUUCUAAGGCGACGGUUCGUUCCACCCGAGAGAAAACAGAAACCUGAUUGUGCCAUAAAGUCAGAGAGCAGAUAAAAGCUUUUCCUGUGAAUCACAGUUUGUAUUGUGAGUUUGAGUUAAACAUUAACAGAAGGGCAGUGGCCUGCUGCUUCACCUGACACUCCAACAACACCUGAGCCGCUGCUGCUAGUUUCACACUCAGGGUUUGAAGUCUGAAGUCGACCUCUGAAGCUUCAGGUUUAACUCUUGUGAACUUAGUUUUCUCUUCAGUCAGAGCGGAGAACCAGCGAUGGGAAAACUCUGUGCAGCGACGUCCUGGUUGUUGCUGACAGUCGGAGCGGUGGCGGCCCAGACAGCUCAGACUCAGAUCAGCGAGAAUCUGCUGCCUCAGUGGCUCACCGGCAUCAUCGCCGUCUCCGCCUUCCUCUUCCUCAGCUUCGUCGGCCUCCUGGUGAAGAAAGCCUGGUGUGAGGAGUCCAGCAGGAGGAAGACCAGUGUGGAGUCACUGAGAGAAAAUGACCGCGCCAUGACCGAAAACCCCUACGAGAGCAACGAAAACCCCUAUGAGAGCAACGAAAACCCCUACGAGACCAACCUGGACAUGGUCAGGAGCAAAGAAGACACGAACGCCUUCGACAACCCGGCGACUGACAGCACUGACGACAGAGUUACCUCCUUGUGACCGUCCCGCACUGCUCCCAUUGGCUGUCUGAACGUCGUCUCCCCAGCUGUGGACUGAGAGGCACAAAACACACAGAAAAUUAUUUUUUAUAGAAAAAACGUAGUUACAGAUUUUUUAUUUUGUCUUUGUUUUGUCGUACCUGUUGUCCCUCCGGCGGGCGGAGCUUACUAUGAACAACUUCAGAUAUCAUCCGUGUUGAAUUUACUUACAAAUAUCUUCUGUACAGAUGUUUUUCUGUUUUCAGUGUAAUCGUCAAAUGCAGAAAAAUUCAUGAUGUUAUAUGGAUUAUUAAUCAUUUAGUAGAUCUGUGUUUCAGAGCAGUCAAGAGGAAAAGCAGCUGUCUGUCCCGUGAUCUCUGUGUUCAUUAACAACUUCUCUCUUCUAACAAAUAA